CCUCAAGUCACUUUCUGACUCUGAGCGGCGCUGAGUAGUCGCGCCAGUGGAACUCACUCGUGGACUGAUUCACAACAGCUAUACCGAUGGGCUGCUGCGGCUCGAAAGACGACGUGAUUCCGGACGGCACGGGGGGCUCCACGCCGACCCCCAUGCGAAAGUGCCGCGACGUGCUGUGCUGUGUGAUUUUCUUCGUAUUUUGGCUGGGGAUGGCGGUGCUGGCGGUCGUGGGGGUUGCCAACGGCACCCCCGAGCGCCUGCUCUACGGAACCGACUUCAACGGCACCGUGUGCGGCACGGGCGUGUUCGCGGACUCGACGUUCCUCUAUUAUCCCCGCAUCAACGACGACAUGAUGACACAGGCAGCGCACGGCAUUUCGCCGCUAGACAUGAAGUUCUACGGGCUCUGCGUGCCGUCAUGUCCUUCCCAAGGCGAGUACAUCUGCGCCUACACGGCCGAGGCCAACCUCCGCGCCGCCAAUCCAUCCGUGACGACCUCCGCGGGGCUCAACUCGCUCCGGGCGGCGCGGGCCAACUCAGCGAGCAACCGGCUGGGCCUCACGACGCCCGACUGCUGGUCCGUACCGCUGCCGUCAGAAGUGGUGGCGUUCCGAUGCCUACCUAUGCAAGUGACACUGCAAAACACGACCCAAGUGUGCGUCGAACCGGGCGAUGCACCAGAGUACUACACGACAACUAACGGCAUCAAGACCCCCAACGACAAGUGCAGUUUGAAACUGAUGCUAACUAGCUCGCAGACAAUCGGGCAGGCGAAUUCGAACCCGAUAUUCGACAAGUUGCAGUCCACGGGCGCCCUCGUCGGCCGAUUCAUUGCCGACAUCAAGAACACGUACGGCGAGUUGCUGGGCAUCGGCGGCGGCGGCGCGCUCGUCCUCGGCUGGCUGUUUCUGCUCUUCAUGAGAUGUUGUGCGGGGUGUGUGAUCUGGUUCGUCCUGUUCGCGGUGGUGCUGCUCCUGGGGGUUCUCUCCGUCUUCUUCCUCGUGAAGGGAGGCGUCAUCCACUCGGCGGACAUUACGUCCGUCACCACCGCCAUCGCGUCCGCCACGGCCGUCGACGUCGCGGUGCCCGCGUCGCUCGCGCAGGCGCACAGUAACACGCAAGUGUACCAAGGCGCGGCGGUGGUCAGCCUCGUUCUCACCGUCCUCGCCCUUCUCGUCGUGUGCUUUAUGCGAAAACGAAUCAAAAUCGCCAUCGGCAUCAUCCGCGAAGCCUCUCGGGCGAUCCAGCGGCUACCGUCCCUCGUCUUGUUUCCUCUUCUACCCGUGAUGCUAAUCCUCGGCCUCUUCAUCUACGCGACCGUUAUCGGGGCCUACAUCUACAGCGCGGACGGCAACGUGUCGCUCACGGCGGCCCUGGCGUCCGUGGGGGUGCCUGCGUCCAACGCGACCACCGCCCUCACGACGGCGUGGGCCGCGCAGCUCAACGCGACAACCACCGCGUCCGCCGUCGAGCCCAAGCAGCUGAUGCAGAUCAUGGUCGCAUAUCACUUGUUCGGGUUCCUCUGGACCAACCAACUGAUCCAGGCCAUCUCGAUGACCACGAUCGCCGGCGCCGUGGCCAAGUACUACUGGAGCCGCGACCACACCCCGGCUCAAAUGGGUCGGUUUCCCGUGUUAAGUUCGUUUAAAAACUGCUUCCGGUACCACUUUGGGUCACUCGCGUUUGGGGCUUUCAUCAUCGCGGUCGUGCAGUUUGUGCGCGCCGUCUUGAUGUACGUGGAUCGGCAGACCAAGCAGCUGCAGCAGUCGAACGUGGCCGUGAAGGUCGCACUCAAGGCAGUCGCGUGCUGCUUGUGGUGCUUGGAGAAGUGCCUCAAGUUCAUCUCCAAGAACGCGUACAUUGUGAUCGCGAUGAAGGGCCGAAGCUUCUGCGGGGCAACACGCGAAGCGUUCUCGCUCAUCUUUGCGAAUAUGGCGCAGGUCGCGAUUACGUCGACGAUCGUCAACAUGGUGGUGGUCGUGGCCCGGAUCGCCAUCUCCGUCGGGUGCGCCUUGCUGCUGUUCUUGUACCUAGAUCGGGACACCGACUUUGACGUUGGCGGGCCGCGCGAGCUGUCGUCCAUCUUUCCGCCGGUGGUCCUCGGGUUCGUCCUCGCGUGGUUCGUGGCCGGCACGUUUCUCAGCGUGUACGAGAUGUGUGUGGACACGAUCUUGCUCUGCUUUUGCGAAGACCGCCGCAUCAACAAGGAGAGCGGCCAGUUUUACAUGUCCAAGGAGCUCGCGGCCUUUGUGGACAAGGUAGCCAAGGCUAAGAAGCCGACGACGGGGGAUGCGGAGGUGUCGCCGUCGCCUGCGUCAGCGGGACGGGUGGUGGAAGUGUCGCCCAAGCAUGAACCCAAGCCAGACAUAUAGAGAGCUGCGUAUACUAGAGUCCAUAAUGUAGUUGUGUGUGCACCAGGUUAAGUCUCUGGGCGGGAGAAUGGCACAAACUUCAACUUCGACACCAUAAACCUGUAUCAUUGCAUUCACA